AUGGCCAACAGGGGGCAGGCGCCGGGCCCUGAGCCCCAGAGCCCCAAGAUAAGCAGUUCGGGGAUCCCCCUAGGCCUGGAGCAAGAGAUGCUGGACCCUCCAGAGCACUGGUGGGUCCACAGACCCUGGUUCCCUGCUCAGGGCCGCAAGAGGAGGAGGGCCCGGCUGUGCUGGGAGCAGGAAGAAACUGAGGAAGAGGAGGAGGAGGAGAGAGAUGAGGAUGAUGACGAAGAGGACAACUCCCGCCCUGGAUUAUUUGCCAUCCUCACCCGUGCAUUAUUCUCAGAGGAGCAGCAGCAGGAAGAUGAGGAGGGUCCCUGCAGGUGCCCCAGGAAGCGGCUGCGGCUACAGGACAGGGAGGUUCUCCCAGAGCACCAUAUCGCCUUCGCCAGGCUGCUAAGUGACCCGGUGGUGAGGAGGUUCCUGGCUUGGGACCAACACCUGGAGGUGUCCGACAAGUACCAGCUGGCCAUGGUUGUGGCCUACUUUAGCCGCUUCGGGCUCUUCGGCUGGCAGCUGCAGCGCAUCCACUUUUUCCUAGCGCUGUACCUGGCUGGCAACAUAGAGAACCACCAGGAGGCCAGAGAGACCCUAUUCUCCUUGAUGGAGGACAGCCACAGCCACCUGCAGCGGCCCCAAUUCCACCGCCUGCGCCUGAUGCUGCUGCGCUCCAUGCGCUGGAGGACCCUAGUGAGCCGGGACGAAUGCGAAGAGAUCCAGGCCUUCGAUCCCGAUCUGUGGGUUUGGGGCCGGGACCAUGCGCGCCUGACCUAG